CGUCUUUUUUCUUGUCGCGUUGUCGAAGGUUUUAUUAAAGCAGCUGCGUAAUGUUUUAAACGUAUAUCUUAGAACAAGGAAAACAACUGUUAUAGUGUGUGUGUUUUUUUAUGUUUGCUCAUGCGUAAGGGCUAGUUUAGGUUAUUUGGCGAGUCUGACAGUUAUUACUAAAGUUAACGUGUGUAAGAUUUACAUGAUGACUUCUGGGGGAUUGGGCUUCACCGAUGGCCUGGAACAAGACAUCAGCCAGGAGGAGCUGGACUUCUCCGACCUGUUUCUCUACAAUCCACCUGGGGAAGACUUUCCUGUCAGUGAUAAAGAUGACUCAAGGGCUCUCCUUCAAAACAACAACCAGCCUCCUCUGCUGGUGGUCGACCCUCACACUGCCUACAUCUCCAGCUCCAGCCAGCAAGACCCUUGUCCAGAACUCUCCUCCCACAGCCCCACAACAGAAGACCUGUCUGAGGCUGUGAUUGACUCCCUGGGGCUGGCAUCAAGACUGGCGAACAUCCCUGCUCCCAGUCCUAGGAUUGAGAUCACUCCGUCAGGCGACUCUUUCAGCUCUCAGACCCUGGAGCCCAGCCUUGGCACCAAAGCUCUUGGGGCCUACAGGGAGUGUGUGAGCCCUGCCAGCAGCAACUCCUCCUCUGGCUGGCCUGCAGAGGCAUACUCUCCUUCGGCUUCACCCUGCGUCUCCCCUUCCAAUGGGGUAGGCUGUGGAAUAGGUUUGUCCAGCUUGGAGCUCUGUACGGUUAUCCAGGGCAUCCACAAUUCUUCUGCCCACUCCUCUCCUGGAGCCUCGCCUCGCAACAGCAUCACAGACGAGACCUUUCUCCAACCUCAGCAGCACCGCACCGCCUCAUCACUCCCCCACCAGCGUUCCCGCUCUGUUUCGCCACAUGGAAAGAGAUCCUAUGACCAGGCUCAUUCCUGUCGGGGAGGCACUCCUGUUAAGCAGCGCUCGAGGAGUCCCAGUCCCAUCCCUUCUCCCCAUGAGCAGCAGGCGUCCUACUACCCCCAGGCUCAGACCUCCUCCUCAGGAUUGGAGGAGAUGCUGAACAGCCUCAGCUCCUGUCCACCCAGAGCCAUGCCCUUCUCAGCGGUGCGAGAUGUACAUGGGCAGGCCCAGAGACAGGACUGUGUGUAUGGAGAGAGGUAUGACUGGGCCAUUGAGCAGGAGAGGAUAAGCAGGGCAGGAGCUGAAGUCAAGUCUGAAACUUUCUAUAUGCUGCCAGCUGUGUGGGCUCCUCAUCCAGUUCACCAAGGAGCCUUCGGUGGUCUCUCAGUGGCUCCACUCCCGUCUUUGGAGUGGCCGUUGCCCAGCCAGUCGGGUCAAUACGAGCUUCUUAUCCAGCAAGAACCCAGAUCUCACCACAGGGCUCACUAUGAGACUGAGGGGAGCCGUGGAGCUGUGAAGACGCCUAACGGAGGUCAUCCGGAAGUUCAGCUCUGCGGGUACGAAGGCACAGCUCCACUGGGCCUGCAGGUCUUCAUAGGAACAGCAGACGAGAGGAUCCUCAAACCUCACGCCUUCUAUCAGGUGCACCGUAUCACCGGGAAGACCGUCACCACACCCAGCAUGGAGAGGACGAUGAACGGGACCAAAGUGUUGGAGAUUCCUCUGGAGCCAAAGAACCACAUGGGUGUAGUGAUUGACUGUGUCGGAAUCCUUAAGUUGAGAAACGCCGACAUUGAACUAAGGAACGGUGAGACGGACAUUGGACGAAAAAACACACGCGUGCGUUUGGUGUUCCGUGUCCACAUUCCUCAACCUGGAGGCCAGCUCGUGUCUCUUCAAGCUGCCUCUCAACCUAUUGAAUGCUCCCAGCGCUCUGCUCAGGAGCUCCCUGCAGUGGAGAGGCAGGACCUGGACCGAUGCUCGGUACACGGAGGGCAACAAAUGGUCCUUACUGGACAGAAUUUCACAUCCGACUCCAGAGUGAUCUUCUCUGAGAAAACACAAGAUGGGCAGCAAAUCUGGGAGAUGGAGGCCAAUGUGGACAGAGACAAAACACAAGCUAACAUGCUGUUUGUUGAGGUCCCUCCGUUCCGAAAUCGGACCAUUUCCCACCCAGCAAAAGUCAACUUCUACGUGAUCAACGGGAAGAAGAAACGCAGUCAGCCUCAGCACUUAAUCUACACUCCGGGGAUAGCCAUUAAAGCAGAACCGCUGGAUGACUACCAGCUGAAUAUGUAUGGUUACUCAGACAAUCAGCCCCUCACUGGCCUGUCAAUGAAGUCACUCUACCAUCAGCUGGAGCAGGAGAGCAGCCUUCAAGCCUUGAAUGUUUCCCCAACAAUGUACCAUCUAACAACUGCAGACCCGAGAGCCCAUGUUGUAGUCCCAGAUCCCCUGGACGAACAGCCACUCUAUUACGGUUCUUUGGUCAACAACCCUGGGCUGUACCACUCUGCAAACCAACGUUACAGCGGGAGUGGUCCCAUCCUCCUUGGUAGUUCCCCGGUAGCGUCCCACGCUGCCUCCACUCCCAGCCCCUGUGUGGGUGCCAGAACCGCUGUGGGCAAACUUGAUGAAGGUCCUCAAGUUGGUGAUUCAUACGAGGCCUGUUUUGUGUCAAGACAUCAGAGUUUUGUGCAGACGGCGCUACCACUGGGGAAGUCUCCACCAUCAAGAUACAUCCAAGGCCCUGUCCAAGGGAAGGCUGGAGGCCGAGUGGAGUCUCUGACCAUGAGGAACCAUGAGGAAGGAGCCCCAGAGAGGGUCACCGUCAAACAGGAGAACCUCCGCUAUGCUUACCUGGAGGAUGUGAAUGACAUCAUACGCAGAGACAUGAGAGGACACAAUGGAGAGUGAACCUGGAGGCCUGCAGCCGCCAUGAUGUUCUUCAGAUCAAGCAUAAAAUGAGUGUCCUUGAGGAAAGCAUGUAUUAGUUAUCAAAGAAAAAUCUUUAUUGGUGGCUGACAUUUAAGCCAAACAAUCUAAACUAUUACAAUGACUUUAGACUCUUUAGCCCCAUACUGUUUUAUCUAUUGUGUCUUUCUUUUAUGUUGUUUGACUUGUCUUUAUUCAUAUAAUUGUACAAUUGCUCUUUUUAAACAUGUCUAAAAUAUUUUAUAUAAAGUGAAAUCUGUUUGUAUGAAUCAGUGUGUAUUCAAUGAAGUAAGAUCUGGAAUAAACUGAAUAAUAAAUAAAAUAUUCUAAACUAA